AUGGACGACGAUCCAAUUCUAAUUGAAUAUUUUGGACAUGGUUACAGUCCGAUAAUGGCUGCUAUCAACACGGAUUUGUGUCAAACUCAACCCGAUGGUAUAUUAUUUUGUCCGAAGACCGCCGAAAACGACCAAGGUCCAUUCUGGGUUCGCAAUGUCUAUCCUCCGAUUCAGGUUUGUGAAAUGGGUCUUUAUGAUUUUGAAAUAUUGUAAGACCGUGUAAAAAACCAUACGUGUCGAGUAAAAAUUGAACCCUUCGGCAACCUACAUAAAUGACUAGAGUGUAAUAUUUUCCUGGAAGUUCCGAUUGCAGAAUUAUUUGUUCCUAGAAUACUAAUCACUUUGUUUUUUUUCGGCAACAUCAAAAGUUUUUUCCAUUCUCUAUUUCUUUUGAAGUAAACCAAAAACAGGAAAGAAUUUUUCGGAUUCAUGUUGACAACAAAUAUGAAUAAUAAACCCUCUAUUCUUUCUCUUCUUUCCAUCUUUUUUUCGAAAAAAAUACCAAGCACGGCGAAAAAUUGCUAUUAUACCACAUAGACACCAGCUCAAGAAAAAAUAAAAUAAAAUUAUGUCCAGAAAUUAUUGUUGUUUUGAUGUUAGAAAUGAGGAAAAGAAAUGAAAUGAGAUGAAAAAUGAAACCAAAAAGUUUCGAGUUUCAAAACAUGUGUACGAAAAGAGUUUUUUGUUUGGGAUCAAGUUGCAUAAUUAGAAUAAACUAAUUAUUUUUUGCAGGAACUUCAACCCAAAGUUUUGAUUGUUGUGGUAAUUUUCGUGCUCUGCUUUAUUGUGGGAGUUUGCGGAAAUUCGUCAAUCAUUACAAUUAUUCGCGGGGUGAUGGAAGAUCGGCAAAAACGGUGAGUGACUCAGAACUAUAUUGAAUUAGGAGAUCUCCAAAAUUGUUUUGCCAUUAAUCAUUCUCAUUAUCAUCUUCUUAAUUUGCAGAAUGAAACGGCAUGGUGACAACGCAAUAUUGUAUAUUGCUGCACUUUGCGUUUGUGAUUUCCUAAUGUCACUUAGUCUCCCGCCGGCGAUUUUAGACAGUGUCAUUGGUUUCUGGAUUUUCGGAACAACUAUGUGUAAACUUCAUCAUAUUUGUGGAAGUGUGGGACGGAUUGUGAGCACAUUUUUGAUCACCGCAAUGUCGUUCGAUCGAUAUGUGGCAGUUUGUUAUCCUCAUCAACAUCGUCUUCGUAGCCGAAAUUUCGUCUUGUCUACUAUUUUGUGUAAGUCACACAUCCAUCACAAAUUUACUAUCUCUUGUUCUUGCAAAGCUUAUUAGAAGCCAUACUCGUUAGAUAAUUCUUAAUCACUAAUUCCAUUAUUUUAUUUGUAGCCUCAUUCAACGAAAAAAAUAUAUUUGCAGGUCUCUCAACAAUCGCCUUCGUCCUUCUCCUUCCAAUGCUUACCUACGCAAAGGCUAAGGAAAUGGUCCUCCAUGAGCUGAAAGCUCACGAUAGCCAGAAUAUUACUCGUGUUCGAGUCUUCAAAUGUUCAGAUAUGAUGCCAGCACCAGUUUUCUACUGGUUCACAUCAACUACAUUUAUUCUGGGUUACGUUGUUCCAUUGAUCCUUAUCGUGUAUUUCAAUCUCAAGUUGAUCAACAAACUUUAUGCACAUAAAAGGUGUGGGAACAUUUCUUUUCUAACUCUAAUUACUUGGCAAUUCUAUUUUUUCACACGUUUUUGAUUAUUUCAGAGUACUCCCACGCUCCGCUAUUCCAGUCCGCCGUGUUGUUGUCUACACAGUUCUCAUCGCCGCUGUUUAUUUUGUCUGCUGGACCCCUUAUUGGUUCUCGGUUCUUUACGCAAUCGUCAUGUCUCUUCUCGAACUUCACACAACUAAUUCUGAAUGGGUUCUUUUUGCGAUUUAUUGUGUACAUCUUCUUCCAUACUUUGGAUCGUCUUCUAAUUGGAUUCUGUACGGUUUAUUGAACACACAACUUCAAAUGAAAAAUGAUAUGGGUGAUGAUCAAUCGAUAGUGACUACAAAUGGAGGGCAAGAUUUUCACAAACGGUUAGUUGUUGUGUGGAGAUGUUUUCUCAACAAAAAUUAAAUAUAUAAUUUUAAUUUAUUUUUAGAUCUAACAGUCGAAGUAUAUGCGACGGCGCUAACAAUUCUCGAUGUCAAUCCAACGCUAGCGGACAAAAAUGGCAAAGUUCUCCAUUGAUACGUGGAAAUAGCGAAACUUCGAUGGUUUUCUAUCAAGAUACCGAGCAAACACAUUUGUAA